AUGGAAAAUAUUACAAAUUCAUUACCAACACGUUACUUGUGGAAGAUUGAAUCAUUUUCGUUGCUCUCACAAAAUGGUACUUCAAAGUAUGAAUCAAAUGUGUUCGAAUCCGGUGGCUUCAAUUGGAAAAUGAUGAUUUAUCCCGAUGGAGACGGAGAUGGAGCAGGUCAUAUAUCUGUAUACUUGGGUAUUAUUGAGAAAAGUGCUGUUUGGGAGGUGAAUGUCUCAUUUAGCUUCUUGAUAUUCGAUCAAAUUCAUGAUAAUUAUAAUGUAAUGAAAGGAAUGGAGAGACGUUUUCACAAUAUCAAGACUGAAUGGGGCUUUUCGAAAUGUAUCUCUCAUAAAACAUUAAAAGAUCCCACUAAUGGUUACGUUGUUGAUGACAAAUGUGUCGUUGGAGUUGACAUAUAUGUCGUGAAGAAGCAGGGAAUAGGUGAAUGUAUGUCCUUAUUGAAUGACACCGAGCCUUAUAAGCACGAAUGGAAGAUUACUGAGUUUUCAAAAUUGAAGAGAAAAGUAUACUCUUCUGAACAGUUUAUUCUUGAUGGUUAUAAAUGGAAACUUUCGUUAUAUCCUACAGGUGACAACCGACGAAAUGGUAAGAACAUCUCCGUCUAUCUUGAAUCAGUUGAUGCUAAAGGAUUUAAUCGCCAAAAAAGAGUCAAGGCAAAAUUUAGCAUUUCUCUCAAAAACCAGAAUGGUGGUGAACAUCAAAAGAGGAGUGGUGGGAUGAAUUGGUAUUCAGCUGCUUCAUACAGUUGGGGCUGGUCAUCGUUUAUGCGAUGUUGUGAAUUGAAUGAUCCUAAAAAGGGCUUUCUUAUUGAAGACUGUUGCAUUCUGGAAGCUGAGGUUUCUGUCGUUGGUGUCGUUAAUUGUUUAACUUAA